UCUAGAAAUCCGAAAUGACACUUCUCACGGGUGAACGAAAUGUCCAAUAUCCACUUUGCCCCUUCAAUGAAAUUGAUGAGUACUACUCGUAUAAGAAAAGAAUUUGCGCCAACACUUGUUCAAUCUGUCCAAAAAUGAACAUAGAAGAUAACCCAACCGAGUUAACCCACAACUCAGAUUGGGCCGAGUUAACUCACGAGUGCUUAAUCAACAUCCUCUCACGUCUGCCAUUAGAGGACAGAUGGAAGGGACCUAUGCUCGUCUGCAAGCCAUGGAUGGAAGCUUGCAAAGACUCUUCUCUCAACAACUCGCUUGAUCUUGAACCUUACUUUGAGUCAUCUACUGAGUCAACUCGUUGGUGGUCUCCCGAGUUUCAGAGGAAGAUCGAUGCGAUUCUUAAAUUCAUAGUCGAUUCGAGUGAUGGGUUGUUGAAACAAAUCCGUGUUAGACAUUGUUCUGAUCAGGCCCUCAUUUUUGCUGCUCAAAGAUGCCCAAAACUUGAGGUUCUUUCAAUUAAAAGUAGCCAAAGUGUCUCUGAUGCAGCUAUGACUGAGGUGGCCAAGAGCUGCCCUAUGCUGAAAGAACUCGAUGUUAGCUUCUGCCAUGAGAUCUCUCAUGAAUCUCUAUCGUCAAUUGGAAGAAACUGUCCUCAUCUGAAGGUACUAAAACGCAAUUUCAUGAAUCUGCUGGAUUCUUCACAGCAUAGGGGAAUUGUACCAAAUGAGUACCUCAAUGCUUGCCCCCAAGACUUUGAUUCUGAAGCUGCUGCCAUUGGUAAAUCCAUGCCUAAGUUAGAGCAUCUCGAGCUAAAGUUUUCCAGGUUGUCAGGUAGAGGCCUUGCUAUGAUUUCUGAAGGCUGCUUAAACCUGGAAUAUUUGGAUCUGAAUGGGUGUGCAAACUUGACUAGUCGUGAUAUUUUAAAUGCAUCCUCAAAUUUGAAGAACUUGAAGACAAUUUUGAAACCAAACUUUUAUAUACCAAGAUCAGUGUAUCACACUGAGAGGUAUGGUCACUGGAGGCUGUAUGAUGAACGAUUUCAAACAGACAUUUUUAGGAUAUAAAUGCCGACUGGCACCAGUUUGACUGUAGGCAAGAAUUUACUUUUUACAGCUGUUUAUGAAAAGAUGUUGAAAGUCAUCUCUGCUCUUGUCUGAGUGAUUUCUGUUGUGAUAAUACCAGCACUCACCUGAGUUGUAUUCGUUUUCGCAAAAUUUGUUUGUGACUACCAUGUAAAGCUUAUUUUUUUAUUUAGCUGUUGUAAAUACUGAUGUUGUUCUGAAAUGAAUAAAUGGUCAAAAAUCCUGUGUUCUGAUA